GGAGGAGGAGGAAGAGGCGGCGGCGAGGGCUGAGAGAGGCAAACAACUUUCUGCAGGCAGCGACCCGCCGCUCCAGAGCUGAAACCUGACCCGGGAGGAGCAGCCGGGAGGCAGGCAGGAGGCUCCCAAGGAGGGUGAGGGAGAGGGAGGGAGGGAGGGAGGAGGGGCAGCCCUCUUCCUCCUCCUCCUCCUCGUCGUCGUCGCCUUCUUCCAGGCGCCGGAUGGGCAGCGCGGAGCCGGCGACGGGCAGCGGCGCUUGAGCGGAGGCGAAGAAGUUUCCCGCGGCUCUGGGAGCGGAGCAGGCGGAUGGAGGAUGCGCUCUCCCCGGCGGGCUGUCUGAGCAGGAGGCGGCGGCGGAGAAGGCGGCGGCGGCGGCGGCGGAAGCGGAGAGGAGCAGCCGGAGGAUGAAGAAAAAGAAGAAGCAGGAGCCCCCGCCGCCCUUGCUGCCCUUCGGCGCUGGCGGCGGCCCCUCGGAGCCCGCCCGGCCCGGCCCGGCCCCCUCCUCCUCCUCCUGCGCCUCUUCCUCCUGCUCCUCGGGCUGCCCCGGGCCGGGGGUGGGCUGUGGGCGCCGCCGGCUGCCCUUCCCGUCCCUCCGCGACUACGGCUUCUGCAUGGCCGCCCUGCUGCUCUUCUGCCUGGGCUCGCUCUUCUACCAGCUCAACGGGGGCCCCCCUCACUUUCUGCUGGACUUGAGGCACUACCUGGGAAAUUCCACUUACUUGGAUGACCACGGGCCACCCCCUCGUAAGGUACUUCCAUUCCCUAGUCAAGUGGUGUACAACAGGGUUGGAAAAUGUGGGAGUCGGACUGUGGUUUUGCUGUUAAGAAUUCUGUCUGAGAGACAUGGAUUCAACUUGGUUACAUCUGACAUUCAUAAUAAAACAAGACUUACCAAGAAUGAACAGAUGGAAUUGAUUAAAAAUAUAAGUACUGCUGAACAGCCAUAUUUAUUCACUAGGCACGUACAUUUCCUCAAUUUCUCAAGGUUUGGAGGAGACCAACCAGUGUACAUCAAUAUUAUCAGAGAUCCCAUCAACCGGUUUUUAUCCAAUUAUUUUUUUCGCCGUUUUGGAGAUUGGAGAGGGGAGCAGAACCAUAUGAUUCGCACUCCAAGCAUGAGACAAGAGGAGAGAUAUUUAGAUAUUAAUGUAUGUAUUCUUGAGAACUAUCCUGAAUGUUCCAAUCCCAGAUUAUUUUAUAUUAUUCCAUAUUUCUGUGGACAGCAUCCAAGAUGCAGGGAACCUGGUGAAUGGGCCCUUGAGAGAGCAAAAGCGAAUGUGAAUGAAAAUUUCCUUCUUGUGGGGAUUCUGGAAGAAUUGGAGGAUGUGCUGCUUUUACUAGAAAGAUUUUUACCUCAUUAUUUCAAGGAUGUGCUCAGCAUCUACAAAAAUCCAGAACAUAGGAAACUCGGCAAUUUAACUGUGACAGUGAAAAAGACCGUCCCAUCUCCAGAAUCCAUACAGAUCCUGUACCAGCGCAUGAAAUACGAAUAUGAGUUUUACUACUACAUCAAAGAGCAGUUUCACUUGCUAAAGCGCAAAUUUGGACUCAGAUCAUCAAACAGUAACUCUUCUCCUAGACCAGAAUUUGUCAUUCCUUCUCCUCUGGAAACUGAAGAGCCAGUAACAGAAGAUGAGGAGCAAGAUGAUGAAAAGUGGUUGGAAGAUAUCUAUAAGAGGUGAUGCAAACAUCACUUUCUGUUUUAGCUUCCAGUUUGUUUUUAAAGAAAACUCUUAAGAAAAAUGGUUCAGGAAAUGAGUUAAUACACAGCAGCAUUUGAAAAGAAGUUUCUCCCAGAUUGAACUGAUAGAGUGAAACUGCUUUCCCAAAUGGUUAAUUUGUUUAAAAUUAGUUUUGUUUUCCUUGGCUCCAUAACAUCAUUAUAGUUAGGACAUACAUUUCAAUGUGCCAUCUUUUAUUUCACUGCAAUUAACAUUUUCACUGUAAAAUAUUGCUAUAUGUCUUACAUACCUGCAGAAUAAUAUAGAUCACAGCAUAAGUCCUUUGCCGUUUUCACAAUAUGUGUUUGCCUGCUUUGAUAUUUAUAUUGAAUAUCAUCAUAGCGUCCAAAAAUCCACAGCAGGAUAUUGGGAGAUUUGUUGCCAACACCUGAACAGGUAAUGUGGUUGUGAUAAAAUAAUAAAAGAAAAUUGCCACUACAGCUUGGAUUACGGAAAAAUCAUGCUACAUUUUUCGCAUAGAGGCUCCGAGUAAUAUGAGCAUGAUCACCAGUAUAAGAAGGAAUUAAAAGAAAUUAAGAUAAUGAUAUUUGACUUAUCUGCAUAUUUUCAAAGUGCAAAGACAUUUGAAAUUACAUGUUAGAAAGAGAAAAUGUUUGCAGAAUCUAGCUGAAAAUGUUCGUAUUAGAUUAUGAGAAAAGAAGAGGAUGUUAACAUUUUAUUUUACAAAAGUAAAACUCCUUUUUGGAAUAUUAUUUUGAGGCAGACAUCUUUAAAAAGAGGAGCAAGACAGUUCAGGUAUCUUAAAAGGUAAAAGUUGUUCUUUGAUUGAAUGUAUGAGCUGCUUAUAUGAUCAAUUGAGGGAUGAAGAUAAAAGCAUAUCAUGAGUAUAAUAAUAUUUUAUUUGUAUUCCGCCCUUCUCCCAGAGGGGACUCAGAGUGAAUUACAGUAUAUGUAAACAGAUAUAGGCAAACAUUCAAUGCUUUGUUACAAUACAAUGAGACACACAUACACAAAUAAAGGUACAGGCUUCUUUCAUUUCUGGCUCUUGGAGGCAAUCCUCAUCUCUGAUUCUGGGCAGGUACUCUUCUCCAUUUCCAAGCCGAGGAGCCUGCAUUGUCACCUCCUGGUCGUGUGACCGGCAUGUCUGCUUGGAGUAUCUUUAUUCCUUUCCCGCUGAAGUGGUACCUAUUUACUUACUCACAUUUGCAUGUUUUCGAACUGCUAGGUUGGCAGGAGCUAAGGCUAACAGUGGGAGCUCACUCCAUCCUGCAGAUUCGAACUGCCAACCUUCAGGUCAGCAGUUUAGCAGCACAAGGGUUUAACCCAUUAUGCCACCAUGCCCCCUUUGUUUCAAAUAUUCAGGACUAGUGAAAGUUUGACAUCACUUAACAAAAUGAGGGACAUGUUCUGUGAGUCACUGAUUACACGGCUUUUUAAAAGAGUUACUACAGGUGCCACAGUCUUUCUGUGCAUCUAACCAAGGUGCUGUAGGGAACAAGCAGCCACGAAUACCUUUGUCAUACUCAAAUUAUACAAUAAUACAAUCAACAUAUAUUGUGUGAUAGUGGUUUUAUAUUGCUACUCAUGGGAGAAAGGCUAGAAAUCGUUUGUUUUUACUUACUACUUUUAUCAACACAUCCUUGAGAAAUAAACUUUUCAAAGCCUGUGGGCAUCAGUUAUAUUAUAUAAAAUCAUUUAUCAGUUUCUGGGGUGGCUCUUUUGCUUAGGUCUUAGCCGUAGCAGUGGGUGGAUUCUCUUGUCACUUGCAUCCUAACCUUGUGGUUCCAAUGCACUACUUUGGAGGAACACUCUGGGAGCAGGAAAUACAGUCAGCAGUAUUUAACCAAGAUGCUGCAUUGUAUAUUUUAAAUGGUUUCUGUGAAAUUACAUGUAAAGAGUAAUGAUUAGUUUACACACUGUGGAAUUGUUUUAUUUUGGGAAUCAAAAAAUAUUCAUACUUUGGGUUUCUUUAUUUUUUAAAGGUCAACUUUUAUGUGUUUUUGCAGGAGUCCUGGGUCACUUAACAUGUUCACUUUCUCUCCAGUUUCACUGCUGCUUGAAUCUAUUUUUAUCAUCAUUCUAUUUAAUAUUAUUCUUUGCCAUGAAUAGUCUACAAUCUUAAAAACAACAGCUAUCAGGUGAUUUACUUGCUAGGUUUUAAUGCUGUAUAAUAUUUGUAUAAGCAUCUUGGGCUCUACUUCCAGAAAGGUACUUCAUAAAUUUAUUUGGCACAUACAAGUUUGAGAUUCCUAAUACAACGGUUCAUUUAUCUGUCAUGAGAUAGAUAUUAUAAUUUACUUUGAAGAAUUUAGAAGCACAUUUUGAGUUUGUUAAUCUUUUGACUUAUUUAUUGUUACUUUUCAGCACAUUCCAAAUUCUAAGUUGCUCAGGAAAGGCAUGCAUUUAAAUGAUUUUAUUUUGGUCUGAUGGUUAAUUUUUUAAAAGAAUGAAAAACGAAUGUUAUUAUAAAGCCUUCAGUCCAUGGCAACCCUCUAGGAAGCAUCGUAUUUGUCCGUAAAUCUCUGUGAAAGAAAAAAAGUGAGUUCUUGUCAUAUUGAAAAUAACAGCGAAUAUAUGUACAUUAGGUUAGUUGUAAAUGAAAGCAACUAUUGUUUGAAUUAAAUAUUCCUUAAGUUAUUCAUUUCCAUCUUAAAAUAUAAUACAUCCAGCUUUUUAUUCUUAGUCCAUUAAUAUUUCAAUUUAGAACUUGUGCUAUUCUUCACAGAACAAGUAAACAUUCAGCUCUUUCUCUCUCCUUCCCUCCCUCUUGGUUUUUAUUAUUCCUGGAUGUAAAAUCAAGGAGUUUUCCCUUUUGAGUCACCCUUAGAAAAGAAUGUUUUAUAAAGCAUAGCUUACUGGCUGAUGGCCAUUCAGAAAGCAGGCUAUUUUAAGACAACUAUGUUAUACCUUGAUUUAAUUUGAUCUACAAGACCCAAAAGAUAAGCUUUAGUGCUGUUGUAGGAUCAUUUUACUGCAUAGUGGCCAACAGCUUUAACCCUUAUAUUGCUUUUGACUAGUUAACAUAGAUAUGGAAGUGAUAAUAUUUGAUAACCAGUCUCAGUCCUCUUCUUAUCCAGGAUCCUCAGGCAUUUAUUUCUUUAAGAAAAAAUGUUUUAAAAGGUUCUUUGAAAACAAACACACUUUUAAAACUGUUAGUUCGUUUUUUUUAAAAAAAAUGCUAUGAAUACAAAUACUGGGUUAAUAAAUGGUACAUUUUAGUUCAGUUCAGUCUGAGGAUAUACAAUCACACUGCGGUUACCUAAAAUGCAUGUGCAUCAUUGUGAAAUCAUGAAUGUCUAUGUUUCUUUUAAAGAUACAAUUGGAAUGUUAUAAUUUCUACUAACAUUUUGAUAAUCAUCUGGUCUUUGUAUUCAGUUACAUUCAUUUGAUAAACAUCUUGGCAGGCUCCCACCACUUUUUAAAAAAAAAAACAACAACAAGUGGUUCCCUUUUUUCUAGGAGAAUCUACUUUGAAUUGGAGCAUCUAAUCUUGUCUGUUGUCUACCAAAAGUACAUUUGAAUACAAUUACGUUCCAAGAAAAUUAAUAAAGGCCUGUAAUUUGCAAAUAUUAA